UUUCUAUCCUCCGGACCGGGCGGCUUUUUGGAUAUCCCGGUCAGGUAGCCUAACGGUGCCGAAAGGUUACAUGUAGACUAGACAUAAAAGUACAAAUAGUAACUAUCCAGUGGCGACAAUCCCGAUAAAUGUAUCUCACUCGAGAAUUUUGCACUAAAUUCUACAGAAAGCGGGGUUUCUUUUAGUCUCCACUUGCUCGGUCUUAAAAUGGAUUCGAGAUCUAUUUUGGACAAGCCGGUGGUGGGGACACGGCUCGCCAGUGCGGACUUCGGUUGCCGAGCGACCCGCUCGGUGCUCCGCGACAGUCGGCUGGAGAAAAGCGGCGGAGGCUUGCGGGCGGGGGCGACCACCAACGGGACCGUCCUUUUCAAAUGUCUGCUAGACGGGCAGCCGGCGUUGACCGCGGAGAACGCCUCUCCUGAAGGGAACGGACGAAUAUUGCACGACGGGGGGAAAACUGGCCUGGGUGAACACAGAGACACUGGUUGCACUGCAAACCUGAAGAGGACCAGUCCCACACACUGCCCGGGCACAAAUGGGCAAACACCAGGCAGCUUCAUACACUUGGACAUCAGGAGUCAAGAGAGACAGACGGAAAUGCCCAUCAGCUUCAUGCCAGCACAAGGACAGAAUGUACCACAGAUGGAAAAACAGCCGCUUCCUUCCUCUCAUAUCCCUGUCCCCAGAAACAGGAAGCCCUCAGGUCAUGCUGAUAAAGAAGUGAUGGCCGCUGCCGUCCUGACAUCGCUGUCCACGUCCCCGCUGGUGCUCUGCCCGUCCUCCACGCCAACAGCUUCAGUUCCAGAGCCAGCGAUUCGGGCUUGGAAGGAGGCGCUGUCAGCCAGCUACAGCAGCUCCACCAGUGGCAACUGGAGCUGGGACGCCAGCGACCAAUCGGUGCCCUCCACACCAUCCCCACCUCUGUCCAACGACACCAGCAAGGGUUUCCUGCUCUCGUCCCAAGGAGAUGAUGUCACUGAGGACGUCGCAGAAAGCACGCACUUCAUGUUUGAGGACCCCAUACCUCGGAAACGGAAGAACUCCAUGAAGGUGAUGUUUAAGUGCUUGUGGAAGAACUGCGAAAAGGUCCUCAGCACCUCCUCAGGAAUACAGCGGCACAUUCGCACCGUCCACCUGGGCCGUAACAGCGACUCGGACUAUAGUGACGGAGAGGAGGACUUCUAUUACUCCGAGAUCGAGGUCAACAUGGACAGCCUGACAGAGGGCUUGUCCAGCCUCACGCCCACCUCGCCCACCACGGCUGGCCCCCCGCCCAUUUUCCCCCCGCCGCUCACCGACGUCCCUCAUUCGGAGCACAUCAAUAUGAAUGCGGCGCAGAGCCACGGCCCAACACUGCUCAGCCAGUCGGCUCCCUCCACACUCUGCCACAUUCGCACUGACCAUGCCUACCAGGGCCCUGCUGUGACUCAUGUUCGCACAGUUUGCAUCGGGGAAAAGCGGCAGCCGGCUUCCAACACAAGUGGCACUGUUAACAAGAACCACACUUUAAUAACGCCAACACCUAAAUCAGCGCCGGGAAACAGGAAACCCCGUGGAGAGGCCAAGAAGUGCCGAAAGGUGUACGGCAUGGAGAAAAAAGAGAUGUGGUGUACGGCCUGUCGCUGGAAGAAGGCCUGUCAGAGAUUCACGGAUUAAGAGACCCCCUCUCUUUGGCGCCCCCGUGCCCCUUUGCCAACAAGACGCUGCAGCAGGCUUCUUACUCUCAGUGCUGCCUCCUGUCAAGCAGCAGGAGGUUGGACUUUGCUCUCUAAUCUUUCCAAACACAAAAAAAAAAUCAAAAUCAACUUUGUGCUGGUUUUGAAACGUUUUUUUCUUAGGACUGAGACUUUUUCCACUUGUUCGCAUUUGAUAUUUUGGGUGAGGACAGCAACAUUACACUAAUUCGGAAUGCUCACAAAUAUUUCUAGCUUUCUCUUUUUUCCACUUGGUGUAUAAGACAACAAAUAUUUUGGUAUACUCAGUUGGUUAUAAAAGCAGAAUUGUGUUAGCUAUUGUUGACGGAUCAGUGGACUGGCUCAAAAGACCUCAGUAGCACAUCAGUGUCACUGUUAUUAGGACAUCAACUUCACCGUUGAGUUAGAGCCAUAGUUGGUUCCUGCAGCCGUACUGGACACGGACACGACGCGCAUCUUCCGCCUGUCUGUUCAGUCUUUCAUUACCGCCAGCUAUACUGUACAUUUAUCUUCACAUUUGCAAUGAUGCACAAAACCCGCACGCCACAUGGUACAAAAAAUAUGUUUUUCCCAGCGACUUUCCAAAAAUAUGCUCAGGAGAUAUACACAUUAUAUGGAAUAUAUUUCUUCCCUCUUCUUUAACCAGGAGAAUAUGCACCUUGAAGAAAUGAGUCGACUUUUACAAGUAUCACUGUAAGCCUGAGAGAGUGGAAAUGUGUUUCUUAUAAAGAGUUUAUUUUCAGCAUGAAUGUGCUAAAGUAAGUAGCAGUGUACUGUGCAAUUAGCAGGAUUACAAUUUAUUCAAUAUUGUCUUUAUUUCUUUCAUUUUUGUCAUUGUUGUUAAGGCAGUUAAAGCAGAAGAGCUGAUUUUCCAUAGUUGUCUUACCCCAUUUGAGAGUUGAUGGCCAAACAUACUGAAAAGAGAUUUUUUUUUUUUUUGGUCCAUUACCAUAAAUGUCCUUUCGCCUGACUGAAAUACAGUGGAUAUUAAAAGUCUACACACCCCUGUACAAAUACCAGAGGUUAUUAUGGUCCAAACUUUUAGAAUGCAUCAUUAAUGGUCCAAACGUUUUGAAAAUAAUUUAUCAUGGUUUCAUCAUACAAACACCUGGCAUUUGAACUGGGGGUUGUCGACGUUUAAGACUGAUUGUAGGUUGAAAGCCCAAAAUUACUUCCUGUUUGUAGGGCAGGCCUUUAAUGCAAUGAGACAUCAGCAUUAGCAGACUUCACUACACUGGAACACUUUUUGUCAUAUGAACAAUUUGAACAGUCAGAAACAAAGCAGUUCUGAUGCAGUGUUGCAUAGCUUUUGUUUGUUUAAUAUACCUGAAGUAGUCCUGAUCUUUUUCCGGAACAUAGUUGAUUAGUAAAGAGGUUUGCAUUAUUUAAUCAAGAUUCUAUUUUAAAAUUCGGGAAACGGGAGAACAAAGGAGAACAAGGGCAAAAGCCAAUGAUAAUUAAUUGGGGGUGGCGUGACUCAAUGGUAGAGUAGUUGUCCCCCAAAACAGAGAUUGUGGGUUCGACUCUCCACCCUGAUAAACUCGUCUAAGUAUCCUUGAGCAAGAUACUGAACCCCACGUUGCUUCUGGUGCUGCGUCACCAGUAGGUUGAUGGCGAUGUAGUGUAAAGCGCUUUGAGGGCCUUGAAAGUUGUAAAGGCGCUAUACAAGUAUAACACCAUUUACCAUUUAAUUAUGACAUCUCUAUUCAGGCACCAAGCCGCAUUGUGAUUGGCUGAAUGAAGCUGAGUAUCUCUUGAUCUUAGUUAUGAAAGUAGAGCGAAACAUUGGUAAUCAUUGUAGUUUAUUAGGUUUUUUCUUUCUCCUUUAAAGAUUAUCCCUACAUUGAGACCCCAAAAGCGCUUGACAUAACCCAUCUAUAGCAAGUCUUUUACUUAUUGUUUGACUUGAGCGAUCUUUUUUUAGGGGCGUGGGGGGUGGGGGGGGGGGGGGGGCGAGAUUAGCGUUGUGACAGAUCAACUAUAUUUCCACACAUUUUUUCCUCCAAUUCAGAUAAGACUGCUUGUCUUGUCUGCACAACCCUACAUCAUAAUGGGAACACAUGACAGCUCUAAAGGACCUUGUCCUCUUGCUGUCGGAGCAGGUGCAUUCUGACCUUUGCCCUUUGUUUCCAUAGAACCCACCCCCUUCCAUUUUGAUGCCUGUAAAAUGAUGCUCACCCUUUGUGGUGAAACACAACCGAAGCGUGUGCAUGAUAUCUUAUGAGUUGGCUCUAUAUAUGGACAGCAUAUUUCCCCACGUGUUUGUUUGUUUUCUUUCCGAGGGUCAAAUGCUCCAGUAAAGUGAUAAGCUAAUUCUCUAUCUCGUCCUGUGAUUGGCUGGCCUCGUAAUGGACAGAAACCUCACAAAGUGCCAAUGAUAAGAACAUGAUAAUAAGGAAAGCUAUACUGACCUGAUCAAAUUGCACUACAUUGCGCUGCGCGAAGACACAUUUUUUUUCCUACCGACAUGGACAUUUUCUAUGUACGAGGUUUUAAGGUGAGUGUUCGGUUUCCCCCCAAAAUAGUGUUUGGCGGGCCUUUGAGUUAAUAAGACGUCAGGGAUUAAGGUUUUAAAGCCUCCUAUCAUCAUCUUCAUCGUCCUAACCAGCAGAAGUGAUUUGCUUCUCCCUGUCUGGUGUGGUGCUGGCUGUGCUAGUGGGGUGGUCCAGUGCGGUACCUGCAUGUGAGUAGCUUUGUGCUUCAUUGUCACCUUUCAUGACAAUCCUCUGACCUUCAUCUCCACGGUGAUUGCGCUUCCUGCACUUGUCUACGUUUCCACCUGUGCGUGCGUAUUCACACCACUUGUUAGUAGUAGGGCUAAUCUGGAGGUGACUUUCCAUGCUCCAAAACAAGCACUUUGAGAUCCUCCCCACCAACAUGCACGAAGACCAGGGGUGUUCAAAUUCUUCCCUUGAGAGGCAUAAGGACUGUCAACUUUCAUUUUUAGUACAUGCUGCAGACAACUAAAAAAAUCCAAGCUGGGGUACAAAUGUCCACUUGGGUAGAUUUGGACACUCCUGAUUUUCAUCAUGAUUGCACUUCCCAUUCACUUCUGUGUAUCUGACUGAGCGUGUGUUUUAUGGGCUCAUCCACCUUGUCACCACAUCCGCUUUUGGACUUUUGAUAGAUCAGCGACGCCAGAGAUGAGUUUUCCAAGCACUUUUCGAUCUCCGUCACCAGCAUGUGUGUGGACGCUCUGCCUCGAUUCCACCUUUUGUGUUGCACUAAUUUGGCCAGUGACGAUCAAGCCUAUCGCUUCGUCACCUUGACCACAUUUAACUGAUGUUGUUUCUUGCUCGUAGUGAUUCAUUUGUCUCCACAAAAAAGAUUGGAGAGUGCCAUUGGGUGGGCAAAGUGGCGAGUGUAUGUUGGCGUAAGCGCGCACAAGGCAGAUGGAGUUGCAGCUUCAGGACUUUUCCUCUUGUACAUACGCAGCAUUAAGCGAACCAUGAUGCUUUUUCAUAUUUUGUUGUUGUUUCGCUCAUUUAUGAAAAGGAACGUUUUUUUUUUUUUAACAGCACAGAAUAUUUUUUUUCUACAUUGAAUUGAGAAGUUGUUAUGAGCAUACAUAGCAUAGAUUCUAUUGUAGCUUUGAGGACAAGGGGGAAAAGAAAACCUGUUGAAUGUAAAACUUUCAAAAAUAAAAGUUGUUUUCGUUGUUGUAUCUGCCGACUUGUUUGUCCUGCCUCUAAUAAUGAGUUUGGCAUCCAAAUCUUUCAACGCCACUGUAGCGUCUUUAGCCACAAUGCUUCAUUAUGAAAAAAAAUGGCAGCAACCAUGCAGUAUUGCUUUACAUACAGCACCCGUUGGCAUUGGAACAAGCAUUAACUUGAACUUCUGCUCACUUGCUCCGCUUGUGUUUUUUUUCUUUGUUUUUUUGGUGGCAUAAAGUUUGUAAGGCAGGAUCACUGAGCGAGAGUCGUUUUCCUGCCUUGCACAUUCCAACAGACGGAAGCGUUUGUUGUCUUCCGCUUUAAAGCCAUUUGAGCAUUUAUUCCACACCCUGGUCAACACGAGUAAUUAUGCAUAGUAAUAAUAAUGAAAAUCCAGAAUUUGUGUAUAAUUAAAAGAAGUUUGGAUGAAACGUUCAUUUCUUUAAACAUUUUAAUGGCAAAUUUGCAUGGACAUUCAAAUGCAGUCUGUGGCCCACUCUCACCCAUAACCCUAUUUCCUUUUAUCCAAUAAAAAGAAGUGUUUGCAUUUUUGCACAGAUUAACACACCAUUUUUUUUUUACAAUUCUGAAAUGGUUACAUCGAGGUGGAAAUAAAAUGUUAAGUUUUAAAGUAUUCGCAUACUAACAUCCCACUCAACCUAAUACAGUACAUACAGUGCCUUGCAAAAGUAUUCGGCCCCCUUGAAUCUUGCAACCUUUCGCCACAUUUCAGGCUUCAAACAUAAAGAUAUG